AUGCCAACGUACAAGAACAUCACGCUCUCCCUCCGUUCGUCGGCGCACGAAACGGCACCGCUCCUCGAGUUCCCGCCGCCGCCGCACCUCCCGGGCGUCCGCAUCGAGGAUGCGCGCAGCUCGACGGCCACCGUCUACGUGCCCGCCUCACCCGGGCUCACAUUCUGGAUCGCGUACCACAUCAAGCCGCCGGCGUACCUGCAGCAGAGCCCGGGCGUCAAGUACUUCCUGUUCAAGCUGUACAUGGAGGGCCGCCACGUCGUGAGCUGGGCGGUCGGCGAGGAGGACGGGUGGAAGGGGAAGACGAUGUUUGGGCUGUUUGAGAAUGAGGCGUGGAGGGGUGGUGUGGAGAAGAGGGCGUUUGCUUUCGCUGCUGCGGGAGAGGAGGAGGAGGAGGAGGGGAGUGGGGAUGUGGAUGUGGAGAGGGAUCAUGAGGAGAGGUUUAUGGAGGUUAGGGUCUUUAGGGCCAGUGCGAGGAAGAGAGUGCAGAGGGAGACGCCGGAGCUGAUGGAGACAGAGGUGGGAAGGGAGGGCGCGGGAGGCAUCAAUCUGGUCAAUGCCGGCUGCCUGAAGAGGGAGAACCCGAAGCGCUUCUACGAUUUUGCGCUCAUCGAUAGCUUGAAGGAGCCGUUCGCGAAGUUCCGGUACUACUACCGCUCUGUUGACCAGCUUGAGACCCUGGGCGUCAUCGUUAGGGCGCCGCAGUCAGACACGAGCGAGGAUGAUGAAGUCGUCACGGACAGUGGCAACGGCUUCGAAAGCCUAGACCUCUCGUUCUUGGCCAGGAAUGACGCGGACACUCCUCUGGUUGACGCCGAACAAUCCAUACCUUUGUCCCAUGGAUCUCCGCACACGGUGGCUCCGGAAUUCCUCAACGCGGCUGUUUCAUCGAGCCAUAGCGGAGUUGGCACCGGCACUGCUAGUGCCAUCGAAGAUGUUUCUGCUCUGCUUGGCCAUGUCGGCUUCUCCACUGACUUCGAGCUUCCGCGCACGCCGGAUCUACCUGAAGCUGCUCUGCCGAAGCGAAGCGUAGCGAAGUCGUCUCCCUGGAGUCCUCCCAAGAGCUCAAGGAUUGCGAUGCGGAACUCCGCUGUGAUUCCGAUGAUGGCACCGGAUAGCCCGACGAAGGGUUCAGUGGCGGACGCGGCGUUGGUGGGGGCUUUGAGUGGGCAAGACUGGCUCAAGCGCACGCCUAGCCCGGACCGGACCAUCUACAGGCAGUUUGACUCGCCCGCACCGGGUGCGAGUCGGCGGGGAAGAAAGUCGCCAACGGGCAGGCUGAGGGAGGCUCUGAAGCGGGCAUUGCGGCGCGGCGACUCUUGA